GGUUAAAGUCCACUUAUGAGAGCGGUGACUCAUGGAGAUAUGAUAUGAGAGGAUCAGCCUUAUUGAAAGUCCCUCUGAGAGAGAGCUCUGGUCCAGAGCUUCUUGGAGAUCUUCAAAAUCCAUGGCAUCUACCUGAGAACACGACGGACAAAAAAUUCACACCACGCUUGACCCAGCCAUUCCUUUGGAACUUUCCUAAUGAGACGCUGGUUGGCAACUCCUUUGGAACGCGUCAACAGAGGAAGCUCUUUCCCCACUUCCAUCCCCCAAACUUUUUGGGGAACAAGUUUCUCCCUCUUAGGGGAGCACCCCACAGAGGGCCUGGAAGCUACAUGGCAGAUAUGCAUGGCUUGGCAUACAACCUCUCUAAGAUCCCGACCAGUAGAAAAGGAUAUACUUUUGGAGCUAGAACAGCCGUGAGGUUUAAGCCAAUUAAUAAGGAUAUGACGCCUUACCCAGGCAUGUACCAGACAGUAACUCCUCGGGAGCAAAAACACAAACAAAAUUUUGCUCCAUUUAAUACCUUGUUGCCUCGCUUUAGGACAUGCUCAAAGGACACUUAUGAUCCUGGCCCUGGCGCUUACAACCCAGAGACUAAGCCACCCAAAAAAAUCACCUGGCCAAUGAAAUUUGGAUCUCCAGACUGGGCUCAGGUUCCAUGUCUACAGAAAAGAACUCUAAAAGCUGAGCUGUCCACAGACAAAGACUUUAGAAAGCAUCGGAACCGUGUGGCCUACCUAAGCCUGUUUUACAGUUGAGAAGCUGUGACUGCCUUCACGUGCUCCUCCUUAGCACAGUUUCUCCAGGCUUGAGGGCAGAGCUGCUCUUCGCCCUCUGCAUUGCUGUGGCCCCUUUGUCUGCCAGCAUGGGGCCCCGCGAGGUGCAAGGGUCUCGUAACUAUUGGAUGAGAGCAUAAAGACUGGUUCAGAGUG